CACAGAGAGACGCGCGCCGGUCCGCCGAACGCUUAGCUCCGCUUCGAGUCUGCUCGUAGCGGCGCGCGACAGUCCGUUGCCAGUUUCGUUCAUCCGCUCGAGCAAGUCACCUCCGGUCAGCAUGUGCGAAGGUUCUUCAAGAACGCGUCGGGUCGCUUGACGAUCGAUCCUACGAUCUCCAAAUUCCCGCACGAUCGAUCACCAAAUUCCCGCUCGAAAUCACUUUCGAUCGCGCGUGUCUUCCGGCGGAAACGAGCUCGGAGAACAGUACCGAGUGUUCGUCGAUUUACCCUGAAGACUUGGAACUUCAUGGCACUGCUGUUGUUUCUUCAAAUUUAUAUCCCCCGUGUAAAGGAUCUUUUUUUAAAAUAAUAAUUAAAAAGAUCCUUGGUUCUCGAGGACAUUCGACGGGUUCCUCUUCAUGGUAACCAUGGGAUCAAUUAUAAACUUUAGAACUGUGAGAUUCUUUUUAAAAAAGCAUUAGUUGACACGUGUUUUGAUGUUGAAGAAUCCCGACAGAUCCGAUAGUGUGUAGUUGUUGAGUGAAGUGUAAUGAACCUUUGCUAUACUUUGGUAAUUAUUAAUCAAGAGGAGAAGCAGGUGUAACGUAGAGGAACUGACUGUUGUUGGUUUAAGAGGAUCAUUGUGCUGGUGAAGUGUGUGAACAGACGAUGAGGAAACUGUUUUGAACUGGUGGCCGAUGAGAUCGGACGGGUUAAUACGCGGCUGAACCGAGGCAAUUAUCUUAGAGCCGAGACCACUGGUGCUAAUUAAUCACUGCAACUCUGGAGCCCUGGUUUCGUGAUAGACAUUCAUCUUUCAACUUCUUCAACCUGCCGAGUGGGUUUCUCAUCGAACGAGCAGUUAGAGCGAACUGAUUCAAAGAUUCUUUAGGUCAUAACCGGAAAUUAUGAGGUGGCUGUGGAUUAUCGUUCUAAUAGCUCUGGCCCUGCCAGCGGCCGUGCCACGGAAGACGCAUCGCAGUAAACCAACGCCAAGGUUGUACGGGGAGAGGGUACCUGUCAAGCUAAUAAGGACGAGUAGCAGCAAGGUCCGACAGAAGAUCGUCGAUACCCAUAACUAUUUUCGCGCCCAGGUCAAACCACCCGCUGCUAAUAUGCUGGUAAUGAAAUGGCAUCCAGGCUUGGCUAAAGCAGCACAGAGAUGGGCGAACAGAUGUCUCGGAUUGGUCCACGACAAUGCAACCGGCCUAUAUUUGGAUGGUUUUGGACAGAGUGGACAAAACAUCUUCAUUACAACGGGACGAACACUUUGGAAUUUCCCGAUUAGAAUGUGGUACAUGGAGUACAAAGACUACAAGUUCGGCGACGACGAAAGCAAUGACCUGCACGAAAUCGGUCAUUACACUCAAAUCGCGUGGGCCAGCACGCAUCUGGUAGGCUGUGGGGUGAGCCACUGUACCGGUAGCAGAGGGCCCCUUGGCAAGGACUUCUUCAUGUACGUGUGCAACUAUGCCCCGAGUGGCAACUAUAAAGGUCGGCUAGGUCACCCUUACGUGGUGGGCAAACCGUGUAGUAUGUGCAAGGAGCAUUGCACACGUAACAAGCUUUGCACGAACGCUUGCUAUUAUACCGAUUUGUGGUCGAACUGCGCCGAGCUGGUAAGGACGUUUCGUGCCUGGGUCUGCGAGACGAACACAAAGGAGGGACGGGAACGACGGAAAUUCUGCGGUGCUACGUGCAACUGCAAGGACAAGAUUUACUAUCAUCACGGGUAGUGAACGAAGAGCAUCGCCGCCAGGUCGAGGCUCUAGAUCGCACUCUCUUCGUACCGGUUGAUACAUCAGCAUCGUUGCCAAUUCAUCAGGAUGCAUCGACGAGACUGCGAGGUACGAGAUCGUUUUCGAACGAUUCAUGCACCGAUCGUGCGGGAAUUAAGGUCACGAUGAAAGCGGUUUCCGGGUAUUCGUCGAUCGCUGCUUUCGGCUCUGUACAUUCACGAGCAAAGGGAAAUGUAUUCUGUUUUCUUUGUUUUUAUUUUUUGGUAUUUUCGUCUAACAUAUCGGUGUACCGUGUUGCGGUACGUGUUUAUCGUUUUAGAAUAUAUUUUAUAAUUGACGAAUGUAUUUUUGCAUUUCUGUUGGCCUCGGAGUAAAUCAAACUAGUGUACGGAAUAAUAUUUUGCUCGUUUCGUUUGAGCUGGAAAGUUGAACAAGGAAGUAGGGAAGACGUCGAGCAAUCAAAAAGCAGAUGAGAAAGUAAAUUGAACUCGAUGAACUUGCUUGCCACGGAACUUCUAGCUGAAGAAGUUUCAUUCUGAAAAUCUACCGAGUUUAAUGUAUCAUAUUGAACAUUUCUGUUACAGCUCAGAGUAGUCAAAGUCCAUAGAAUCUUCAGGGAAAAUUUGUUGAAAUUCGUAACAGUAUUAUAAUACACGAUUACAAACUUAAUUGUAUUUGACUUUCCACUUUCGGUUCAGAGAAAUCUUUUAAAAAAUUCAUAGAGUUCCGAAACGAUCCGAUACGUAAUUAAGGCCGUAUAAUUGAAAUUUUAUCGCGUAUCUAACGACGAUAUCCCGAGCCACCAAUUAAUCAUUAAAUACCCUAGUCAUCGUUCUCGUGUAAACGCCGCUUUCAUAAGGGUUAAUCACGUUAAUUCUCCGCAUCGAGCGAUGUACAGAGCGUUCGGUUCGUUCAGCUCAAAAACAAGAAAAUUUCCCUUUGCUCUGUAAUUACAUUCAACUACGUCAUCUCGAAAAUUUACUCUAUUUUCCCUUGAACACCCUCGUGGAUCUAUUUAAACUACGUCGGUGGAAAAGCAACUCCUGUCGCCCUGGGGAACGAUGGAGAGGAUUCGCGAAAUGAGGCAGGAUCAGGAGGACCCUUUUGAUAUUUGUAAACGAUAAGAGUGUCUAUACCAGGUCUGGACAGUUGGAUGCCUUUGAGGUAUUUCAACUAUUUCCCAGAGGUCAAAAUGAAAUAAAGUGACAUAAUAUAUGAAAUGAUUGAAUGAAAAUAAAUCAAAAUUUUAUGUUCAAAUAUAUAUAAAAGAAAACCAUGCAGCUAUUUGAUUAUUUAUUUUAAAUGUUCAUUCUCUUCACUAAUCGAGGAUUAAUACUGUUUGACAUUAUAGUCCUUUAAAGCACACGAGCUGUCCAGAUCUGGUUUCUAUAGACGUGCAUGCAAUGUGUAAAUACGUAAGUAAGCGAAUAACAGAAAAAGAAAAAGUGUAAGUGAAGCAUUAGGAGUAUUUACAUGGUCGUUUGAUUUUGGACGUUAAUGAGCCGCUAAUAAAAAAUUUUUUAUUGAUACAAGAAGACUAUAAAAAGAAUGAAUUUUCUCUGAAAUAAAUACUUGAAAACUCUUGAUUUUUAAAACGUAUACAACUGUUUAUGUACAAUGAUUUUCUUUCAUUUAAAUGCUAUGAAAAUAUUAAAAAUAAGAAAAGAAUUGAAUGUACAUAAAAAAAGAAUUGUUUUUAUUGGCAGGCUCGUACGUCGCCUAAACGUGGGACUAAAAUGUAUGAAAGGUAACCGGAAACCCUGUCUUCUGAACGUGUUUAGCGACGUAAAUUCAACGAUAGUUAGUAUAUACAGAAAGACAACGCGUUGUAUAAUUUAUUUCAUUCGAGCACUUAUGAAUGCGAACGUGUAUUAAUUUAAAAAAAAAAAAAGAAAUAAAUAAUCGAGGAAAAACUGUAAA